AUGACUUGGGCCGCCGCUCUGAUUUCUGUCUUCUUUAUCCUCGUCGGGCAUUUGAUCUUCAAGAUCGUUGUUCCGCCGCUCAAUUUUCCAAGAAAUAUUCCAACAAUACCAUUUUAUGUGAUCUUUUUACCCUCAAUUAUGAACAUUGAUCAAAGGAAACUUUAUGAUAUGUAUUUAAGAGAACCUCUGGAAAAAUACGGUGCUGCUAAGCUCUUCUUUGGAUCGCGCUGGAACAUCAUCGUAACUAGACCGGAGCUUAUGGCACAUGUCUUCAAGGAAGAGGAUACUUUUGCGAAAAGUGGUAACCAGAAAAAGAUUCCUUAUGCUGUUAUCGCCGCCUAUACUGGGGAUAAUGUUAUCAGUGCUCACGGUCAGGUUUGGAGGACUUACCGCUCCGUUGUCACGCAUGGGCUUCAGCAUUUUGAUGAAGCUCCAUUUUACAAUAAUGCGAAAUUGUUCUGUGAUGGGAUCGAGAAGAUGAGUAAGAUGGAUGAUAAGAAACGUCAGGAUAUUCUUAUGGGUCCUUUGAUCCAGCGUUUGUGCCUCGACAAUAUAUCGCAGGUUGCUUUAGGCUUUGAUUUCGGUGCCUUGACCCAGGACGAUAAUCAGCUCCAUAAACAUUUGACGAAUAUCAAGAAACAAAUUUUCCACCCAUUUUUCCUGACUUUCCCCUUCCUCGACUUACUUCCUAUUCCAUCUAGACGGAAGGCUUUCAGAGACGUUGAGAGUUUUCGUAAACAGCUUGUGUCAAAAGUACAGGAGCAAUUAGUCAAGAAUUACAAAUUCGAGCAAACGUCCUUUGCAUCGAGCGAUUUAAUUCGUGCCUAUAAUAAUGAGGUUAUCGACUACAAGCAACUGACUGACAACAUUGUGAUAAUUCUAGUUGCUGGUCACGAAAAUCCACAAGUCCUGUUGACAACUUCGUUGUAUCUGCUAGGUAAAUACAACGAAACUUGGCAGCGCAGACUCAGAGCGGAAGUGGACGCUGUCAACGGCUCUAAAGAGCUCUCCGAACUUCCACUACUGAACUCCUUUAUAUUCGAGGCUAUCAGGUUAAUGCCACCACUUAAUACAAUUAUAAACAGGAAGACAACUAAAGCCUGCCGUUUGGGUCCUGAAAUUGUCAUACCAAAGGGGACUUAUGUCGGCUACAACAACUUCGGAACUAGUCACGAUCCUAAAUACUGGGGAUCUGACGCGGAUGAAUUCAUCCCCGAGAGGUGGGGAGACGAUAUCCAGACCAUCUUCAAGAAUUGGAGACAUGCUAAGAACGCAUACAUGAUGACCGCUUUCCACGGUGGACGUAGAGCAUGCUUGGGAGAGAAGUUAGCGUUAACAGAGAUGAGAAUUACUAUUGCAGAAGUUCUUAGAAGGUUUGAAUGGACACUAGCACCAGAUUGGCAGGAAAGAAUGACUCCUGCCGGUCCCCUGAGUCCGUCCAAUCUGAAGUUACUUUUCAAAAGACGUUUGGAGCCCAAAGAGUCUUGCUCUCUGUGA